AUGUCAGAUAGCCCAAGAGGAGACCAUGCUUCGGGGGAGGCUGAAGCUACAUCUUAUGCACCAUACGAGAAUGAGAUGAUAGCAGAUUCAGGCCGAGUCCAGGCCGAUGGUCGCGUUCACGUCAACCUUGAAUCAACAGUCGCCAGAGCAAUUGCUGAGAGUAUCAAUUAUCAGCAAGAACUUCGUCGGGAAUCCAGCGAUUACAACGAGAGAGUUAGGCAAUCAUCCUCAUUCAACUUAAAAUUGAACAUAGUCAUCCAAAUUGUGGGCAGCCGUGGAGAUGUACAGCCAUUCGUCGCAUUGGGAAAUGCCUUACAAAGGCAUGGUCACCGUGUUAGGAUCGCAACCCACGGCGUCUUUGCAGAUUUCAUUCACAGUUCUGGACUGGAGUUCUUUCCUAUCGGCGGAAAUCCAGCAGAUUUGAUGGCAUAUAUGGUCAAAAAUCCCGGUCUUCUUCCUCAAAUGGAGACUUUGCGGGAAGGCGAAAUCUGCAAGAAGAAAAUUAUGAUUGGCGAGAUGCUGGAAGGGUGUUGGAGGUCCUGUGUUGAACAUGAUCCAUACACUCAGGAACCAUUUGUGGCGGAUGCUAUCAUUGCUAAUCCACCCAGCUUUGCACAUAUUCAUUGCGCCCAGGCGCUGAGUAUCCCUAUCCACUUGAUGUUUACGAUGCCGUGGAGCAGUACUAAGUCCUUCCCGCAUCCUUUGUCUAGCUUGACUGCAGACCCGGAAUACAAAGGGAUUGAUUGUUGGGCUUCAUAUGGCGUGGUGGAAUGGCUUACAUGGCAAGGACUAGCGGAUGUGGUCAAUAAAUGGCGAGCUUCGAUAGACCUAAGUCCGAUACCAACAACCGAGGGACCAAGUCUACAUGAAGGACUGAAGAUCCCUUUCACUUAUUGUUGGUCACCUGCUCUAGUACCAAAGCCACGGGACUGGCCAGCUUAUGUUGAUGUUUGUGGGUUCUUCUUCAGGGACCCUCCGGAGUACGACCCGUCUCCUGAACUGCAAGAAUUCCUGCUAUUAGGCACGCCUCCAAUAUACAUUGGCUUUGGAAGUAUUGUCGUGGACGAGCCUGAAAAAUUGAUAGACACUGUUCUAAAAGCUGUGAAGGCAAGUGGUGCCCGGGCUGUGAUCUCCAAGGGCUGGAGUAAUAUGAACGGAAGUGAAGACGAAAACAUUUUCUACAUUGGAGACUGUCCGCAUGAAUGGCUUUUCCAGCAUGUGGCUGCUGUGGUUCACCACGGAGGAGCCGGAACCACAGCAUGUGGUUUGAUAAACGGAAAGCCAACGGCUAUUGUCCCAUUUUUUGGAGAUCAGCCAUUUUGGGGUGAAAUGGUCGCCAGCGCCGGUGCAGGACCAAGGCCUAUUCCUCAUAAACUCCUCACUGUUCACAAUCUUGCAAAGGCGAUCAAGUUUUGUCUUACACCAGAAGCCACUGUCGCCGCCCAAGAGCUUGCCGGCAAGAUGCACACCGAAUCUGGGGUUGACGAGGCUGUAAAGUCAUUUCAUCGCAACCUGCCGUUUGAACGAAUGCGCUGCAUGAUUAUACCAGGUCAGGUUGCAGUGUGGAACUAUAAGAAGAACAAGAGGAGUUUAAAUCUAUCGAAAAUGGCAGUACAGACCUUGAUCGAGUACUCGAGGAUAGACACGGACAACCUCCAAUGCCAUGAAAUUAAUCCAAUUACGAUCGAAAACCGGCGAUGGGAUCCCUUGACCGGCGUCAUAUCUGCAGGAAUAUCCACAGGAACUCGAAUGUUAAAAACAAGCACUGGAAUGCUAUACGAACCCUUCAAAGAGCUCAGGCGCGCUAAAACAUCCCCAGCAUCCGAGCGAAAUCAACCCAAUUCCGGAUCAAGUGAUAAUCUAUCCUCCUUACAAUCCAGAUCCACCACUAACCAGUCUGAAAAUGAUCGUCCCACAAGCCCCAGAAGCCCUUUUACAACAGCAGGAGACAUGGCAGGGGCAUCACUGAACAGCUUUGGGAAAUUUACAACGGGAUACUUCAAAGGCGUGCUCGUCGACAUCCCAACCGCAGCAGCAGAUGGCUUCCGACACGUAUCACAAGUAUACGGAGAUAAACCCAAGGACUAUGGCACAGUUACAGACUGGAAGUCUGGUGCCAAAGUUGGCAGCAAGAACUUCGUCGGUGGCAUGACAGAAGGCAUCACGGGUCUAAUUAAGCAUCCUUGGAAGGGAUUUCAAGAGGGCGGUCGAGAGGGCGCCUUAAGGGGGAUUUCCAUGACAAUGGACGGCAUUGCUGAUAAGGAUACAGCUGGAAUCGGGCUAUGGGCUUAUCCCUCACAGGGUGUUGCCAGGAGCAUCGAAGCAAAGUUUCGGGGUAAGACUCGCAAGGCGGUUGUUGUUGCGCGGCUUAUGGAUGGCUAUGCUCAGACUAUUGAGAUGCAACUGUCGGAGGAAAUGAAACAGGAGAUUGUUCAGGAGUUUGAUCGGCUUAUGGGAUUUGACUAA